GCUUAGUAUCGAUAAAAAUGCGUGUAGACUGUUGUUACGGUAAACUUUGGUGAAUUCGAGCGUGUCCCACGUGUUCUCACAUGUCAAUAACCUAAGCCUUCACUUUCUUACACGCGGCGUCGUUAUCUACACGUUUCGGAACUUCUUAAUUACUGUUUCUGAUAAGAGACCAGCAUCAUUUAUCCCAGAUGAGAUCAGGAGGAAGAAAGGUAAAGUCAAAGGCAGCUCUGCCUACCCACAAUGCCGGUAAAUCUACCACAGCAACCACGGGGAAUCCAGCGAGGUCAUUCCCUUUGUCACCGUACAUGGUCCUGAUGUCGUUGUUGUUCUGGAUGUGCAUAGCCUACCUAUCCUUUAAAGGUUUUCAGUACCUCGCCGUACACCGGACCAUCAAUGAUGAUGAUCUGGAUGGCUUUUGUGAUGCUGUAUUCAGCAAAACUUUGGAAGAAAAUGUGAAGUUUGUCAAUAUGUAUCCAAAAGGAGAAGCAGGGCCAUACAUCGGUCGCAUUGGCUCCCAGAAAUACAAAGAUACCUUCCAAGGGGAAGAGGCUCCAAAAGAGUUGUCGAAGAUACCACCUAUCGUGACGGCGGUCACUUCAGACGAUUUCUGGAUAAUUCAAGGCCUUAUUAAGCAAGUGGUGGAAGGCAAUGCGAAGGGCAUGAACCUCCAACUGGUGGUGUUUGACAUUGGUCUUUAUGCUUCUGAGCUCGUCCUGUUGAAGAAACAUUGCCAGUGUGAUGUGCGGAAGUUUGACGCGAAUGUCUACCCUCUACAUGUGGCCGAUUUCACCAACAAAGCCUACCGCCCAAUUAUAAUCCAGUUGAUGCUCGAGGAAUUUGGUUCAGCCAUUUGGAUUGAUCCGGACGUCCGACUGCAGACAGUGUCUGACCUGACCAUGCUGAAGUACCGAGGUGCUCGCAACUUCUUCCUGUGGGAGACCAGUGUGUUUACAGGCCUCACCAGCUACACAAGUCCAGACAUGUUUAAAUUCCUGGAUGAGAGACGAUGUGCUUUUCUUGAUUUCGGCAUGAUGGACACGAAAACCAUGGUAUUUUACCGCACCAAUCAGACAUGGAAAGGAGUGAUGGAACCAUGGCUGAAAUGUGUAUUAAAUAAAGACUGUCUCACACCUCCCAACGCUCGAAACAGCGAGUGUUUUCAUUACAGAAGGCCCAAAUGGACAGGCUGUCAUUGGUAUGACCAAUCAGCGUUUAGUAUCAUUGUUAAUCGUGUAUUCCAGUUUAGUACCCACCCAGAUCAGUAUUCUGUGCCCCGGUUCACGUGGCACAUUGACGUAGAUGUUGUGUAUUACUUUCCGGAGCAACCCUGGACCUACAAACAACUGGCUGCCCUGAUGUUAUCACCCUUCAUUUGCUGUGGUGUCUUCUGGUUCUUGUAUUCAAAGAGAAAAAGGGCAGCAGACCCCCUUCUGCCAAAUAAAUCCUAUUAUAAUAAGCGGUAAUAGAUUGUAUACCAUUAGAAGUAUUUUAAUUACCUUACAGGGUAGAUGGCGGGUUUCAGUUUUACAGGGUGAAUGGUGGGGUUAAGAUUGGAUAAUCUGGGCUUUAGAUACCAAUGUUGGGUGUGAGGGGGAGUGGAAACAAGGGUGGAUGGUGGGGUUCAGAUUGGAUAGUCUGGGCUUUAGAUACCAAUGUUGGUUGUGAGGGGGAGUGGAAACAAGGGUGGAUGAAGGUUUAAUUGAUGUGUGAUCCAAAGUUUGGUUGCAGUAGCAGUACAAUGUUCCCAUUACAAGGCAAGUCAAAAGGGUACACUGUUGCUUUGGAAGGGGGAUUGAUCCUGAUACCCAUGGGGAAGGGGAAGGUUGGUUAAGGGAGAGGGGAGUUCCUCCAGACUCAAAAUCCAUUGGGAAGGGGAUGGGUGGAAAAGGGAGAGGGGAGUUCCCUCCAGCUAGACUCAGCCCAUUUGGGGGGGGGGGGGGAUUUCCUCAGAGACAAUUUUAAAAAAACACCAUUGAUUCUGAGACUAUUUAAACUUAAUGCAUGGCGUAAAUAUACACAUGUAUACUGGUAUUUAUUUAACCAUAUAAUUCUUCAUUUGUCACUUACUUGAUGUCAUAUUCCAGAAGUAUUUUUUUUUUAAACUUGGUUGGUACAUUCUGAGACUCAUUAGAGAUAUAUGGCAUACAUAAUACCUAAUUCAUCACACUUAGUUUCCCAUUGUGAUAAGUGUUGCAGCUGCGGAUUUUUCAUAAAUAUUGGUGAAUAUAUAUGCCAUCCAUUUUUGUCUCGUCGGCACGAAGUAGCAGAAGCGAGACUAAGGUGUUGCUUUUCCUGCGACGGCUGCAUUGUCAACAUUAAGUUAUUGCGUUAAAGUUCAGUUUCACUGAAAGUAUAAGUGCUAGACCAACCAAACUUGGUCCAUACAUGCAUCCUAGGUAGUAUAUCUAAAGCCAUACAUCAAAUGCUGGAUGUGGCCUACCUUUCAUGGUCCAUUGACUUUGUCAGCAUCUCCAUCAACAUUAAGUUUUUGCAUUUAAGUUAAUUUCUCUGAUUUGUGCAUUGAUGGUCAAAGCGUGACAAAGGCAACACAUAUCAAUCGGAAUGGCUUGUUUAUUCUUCAGAUAAAAUUCAUGCAAAUUUUCUACCAAAACUUUUCGAACAUGAGGAUGACAAACUCAGUAUGCACAACGCAAUACAAUCCUCAUGUUUACAACGAACAUAAAAACAAUGAACUGGCAUUUAGUACGUUAUCGAGUUUCAAACUAUUUAGUAUUAAUUUUUCUUAAAUUGAUAAGAUUUUAUAACAGAAUUUGAUAACAUAAUUUAACUUGUAUAUCCUCCUUGCAUGUAUGAAUAAGUUUAAGAUUAGUUGGGUUUUAAUCCAAUGUUGAAGUAAAUGUUUUUUACCAGUGUGUGAAUGUUUGCCGACUUCCUAUUCUUACAUUUUGUAAUAUAAAUGCAAUUAAACUUUCUACAUUAUUCCUUUUUUUCCUUUUGAGUAUAUUAUAAAGCAUAAUCAUCCGUUUUAAUGGAUUUCCUGAAUGUGAUACAUGUUGAUAUGAUGAUUAAAAGCUAAGAGAUUCCACUUGGAAUUUGAUCUGGAUUUUUUGAUAACACCUUUUAUUGUAUAUAAAUUUAUUUAAAUAGAUAACCGUAUUUCAUCUUUACAUAUGACAUUUUUUGUAUUGCUUUGUCUUAUAUAACUUGAAUACUCUUGUAUUUACUGGUCUUGUUGAGAUCUGAGCAGGUCAGAAUAGAUGUUGAUAAAAUCAUUCUUUCUUGAUGCACAUGAACAUAAAAUUAGAAAUUUCAUUAUAUUUUCAAAAAGAUACUUUUUGACUUUACAUAUGUAUAAAGAAUGUCCCUUUUUUACUAUUAUCCAUCCACAUUUACCUUAAAGUGUGUAAUGAACUUUCACAGCUUUAAUCCUACAGAAAGUUUUAAGUGUGAGAGUAAAUAUAAUGUAUUUGUAGCCUGAUUAUGGUCUACAUGUGAGGUAGCUAUGAGGAACACUAAGUUAUUAUUUUAUUUACAGUUUCAAGUCAUAAAAUGAAAACAUAUUAUCUAAUAAUAUAAUCAUUAAAAUGGGUGAUUAAACGAGAUAUAAUUUAUACUUAUUUAUUCUGCUAUAUUCAUAUUCUGGUUAGUAUUUGAUACACUAUAUUUAAGCCUAUCCGUAUUUUGGAAAACACAUGUGACUGUUAUAUUUUGGAAAUAUUAUUGUAUUGGAGGCUUCUGUCAGACUGUCAACACUAAAGUUUUUGCAAGAAAACUUGCUUAUUUCGUGAAGUUUUCAUGAAACAUGGGAAGCAUGUACAAUAUUCAAAGACAAGGGUCAAGCUUAAAGAUCAGCAAAAUCCAUUUAUCAGCAACUGUACAAAAAAUAUGAGGAGUGUAGUUAUGACUUACAUUGUGAAUAUUGAAGCCUGAACAUACAUAUAUGUAUUUAGAAAUGUUUAUUUGCUCACUUACAAAUAUUGUCAAAUGAAAACUGCAUGCAUGGUUGAAUGUAUUCAUAUAUAAAUUGAAAUACUAAUGUGAUAAGUUAAAAUAAACCUAUUCCAUAUCUUUUAAUAUAUCUAUACAAUUACACCUUAUAUUUGUUUUUAGAUAAUUAUAUACAUUUGUAUAUUUAUACACCCGGACAAUUUCUUUCUCCGUCCAAUUAGUGUUUUUUAUUUUUGUAACUUAAAUUAAUGAUUCAUUAUCUAAGUAUUUGGUAUUCAUUUUCUAUCUUCGCUGUUUUUCAUCUGACUGUAAACAGCUUCGAAAAUCGGAACUUGUACUAAAGUAUAGUCACUCAAAAUAUCUUAACCCUGCUGUGCUUAGUUGUAAAGCCGUGGCUAGCCACACUCCAUUAAUUCUAUAUAUAAUCAAGCAAGAUCAAUAAGCUAUUAUUUAAUCAUAGGAUACAAAAGUUAUCAGUAAAUAAACUAAUUAUAUGCAAACUUUUGUUUCAAAAGGCUCAUAUAUAACGUAAGUGAAUUCUUACAGUAUUCAUUUCAUGAUUGCAAGGUUUUGUUAUUGUUUUAUACUCCUUUUCAGGAAAACUUAUAGAAAAAAACCAGUACAAGUAAAUUACUUUAAAGAAUCUGUCAUGGAUUCAUGCAGCUUUAACAUCUGUUUGUUUCAUACUUGGAUGAAAUGUUUCUCUUUUUUUUUUUAAAUUUAAAAAGAAAAGUGACAUGCAAAUCACUUAAUGAUGGAGUAUUUGUAAGCAGUUUGAAUGUUUGUUUAUUGUUUCAUGAAUAUGUUUUCAUUAAAUCAUAACUCGCUAUUAACAUUUGAAUUGCUUUUUAAAAAAAGGUAAACAAAAACGUGACUUACAGGUAUAAACACACAUUGUAUACUGACAACAUCUGUACUACCUCUUGCUGAAAUUGUCAUCGGCUCAAUCAACAGGCAAAAACAAUAUCAAUGACGUCAUAGUUUGUUGUGUCACAUUUCUAUCGUGUCACAUUUCUAGCGUGUUGUGUCACAUUUCUAUCGUGUUGUAGUGCAAUUGUGCUGUAUAGUGUAUUGUCUUUUUUGUUAUACGAGUAUGAAAACAAAAACAAACAAAAAACAGAAUUUGAGUGUUUGCUAUGAAAAUAAUAAAACUACUUGGGUGUUUAUGAUCUAUAUCUAGGUAAUAAUCCUUUCUGUUGUCCUCUGCCUCAGCGUCAUGAGUGAUAAAUUCAACAAUAUGAAUUUUAAUGCAGCAUUACUUUUUUUUUUGUAAAGAACAUGCCGGUAUCUACUAUUUAGUUUUGAUGGCGUCUCCCAUUUGUAUAGGCACCUAUGUGGGUAGCGAUUUGUCCGAGUAAUGUCACAGGAUGGAACAUCAUGCUGUCGUGUCGACAUUGUGAUAUUUCACUGAGGUAGCAUUACAUUGUUUUCACCUCUGCUUAAGAAAGAUAUCUAUGUCCCAGGGGGAACAGCCAUAUUGGAUACAUCCUGGUAUCUCACAUGGGUGCACUCACUUUCCUGUGCUAUUCCCAAUCAGAUAAGGGAGUUUUAUUAGGACGUCAUAAUUGAAAACGCAUCAAAACGUCGUUUGACUGACUGUUGCAAACUUGCCUCUGCAACUAACACUACCUGAAGAACAGGAGAAUUGUUUACAAGCUUGCCCUGAAAGUCUGGCAUGGAUCUUUAUAUCUAAGGUUUAUACUUACAAUAACAUGGUAGUUGUCCUGCCCUGUUGGUCUCAGUUUGUGUAUAGGUUAUCUAUAAACACUGCUAUAUUAAGUGCUGUACUUGUAUUGUCUGUGUCCUGUUUUACCAGAGGUUUUGUUAAGAGGUGGGAGAAAGAGUCCAUCAUUAUGUAGGUAUGUGGGAUAUAGAAAUUCUACACCCUGAGGAAGACUAUUCAUAUUCCAUAUACAUACAGAACAUACAAUAGACUUUAUAAGUCAUGUAAGCUUAGCAAAGACCUGAAACCUCACACCAAUUCCAUGUACAAUGAUAUAUAUAUAUAGAUAUCAGUUAUUAGGCAAUCCUACUAACCUUUCAGAUGUGUGAGGAAAAUGCAUAGUAAUAUAUAUUUAUAGAAUAAUAUUAUAGGUGACUGAUUGUAUACAUAUAGUAGAUUAUAUG